AUGCCGGCCUCUUCCAGCCGCUUCCGCAGGUGUCUCCAAGUGUUUGCUGUCCUACAAUGGGUCUUCUCCUUCUUGGGACUAGCCCAGGUGUGCCUGGCCUUGCUGAUCUUUACACUCCUAGGCCAGGCCUGGAUACUAGCUGUCCUCUACUUGGUCUGGCUCUAUGGAGAUAGGGACACUCCGCAGACAGGAGGUCGCCGAUCUGCCUGGGUCCGAAACUGGGCCAUCUGGAGACAUUUCCGGAACUACUUCCCCAUCUCGCUGGUUAAAACCGCACAGUUGGAUCCCUCCCAGAACUAUCUCUUCGGCUUCCACCCUCAUGGCAUCCUGGUCAUCGGGGCUUUCAGCAACUUUUGCACAGAGGCCACCGGCUUCUCCCGCAUCUUCCCUGGCCUCUGCCCACACCUGCUCAUGCUGCCAUGUUGGUUUCACCUUCCUCUCUUCCGGGACUACAUCAUGUGUAGUGGUUUGGUGUCUUCUACCAAGGCCAGCGCCGCCCACCUGUUGUCCCGGCCUGGGGGUGGCCAGGUGGCGGUCCUAGCCGUGGGAGGGCCCCUGGAAGCGCUGGAGGCAAAGCCCGGAGCGCUGAGCCUGCGGAUCCGGAAUCAGAAAGGAUUUGUCAAGUUGGCACUGGAACACGGGGCCUCUCUGGUGCCUGUCUUCUCUUUUGGGGAGAACGAGGUCUUCCAGCAAUACCCGAACCCACCCGGCUCAUGGGUUCGGAGGGCUCAAGAAGCGCUGCAGGGGCUGCUGAGUGUGUCCCUGCCGCUGUUCCACGGCCGCCUAGGCCUCCCCCUGCCCUUCCGCACGCCCAUCUACACCGUAGUAGGGGCCCCGAUCCCGGUGCAGCGGAGCCCGCGGCCCAGCCGGGCGCAGGUGGACACGCUGCACGCGCUCUACUUGGAGCGGCUCACGAUGCUGUUCGAAGAGCACAAGGAGCGCUACGGGGUCCCGGCGGAUCGGCACCUGGUCCUCACUUAG